AUGGCAGGGAUGGACUGGUGGGGUGAAUUCCGCAAAAGGCACAAUGACCUACUCACAAUUCGCAAGCCACAGUCACUUUCAUUUCAACGAGCAGUUCAUCUGAAUAGGCCAAUUGUCAACAAAUUUUUUGAUUUAUUAGAGAGCACCAUGCUGGAAAAUUUCGUGUUUGGAGAGCCUUCUCGGAUUUAUAAUGUAGACGGGACAAGUUUGAGUUUAGUGCCUGGAGUAAAAAAUAUUGUUGGCCUCAAAAGUUCAAGGUAUUCGAGUCAAAUAACAAGUGUUGAGCGUGGUCUAUCUCAGACAGUCGUCAUGGCUGUAAACGCUGUAGGUGAUUAUGUUCCUCCAAUGGGUAUAUACAAAGAUGGGCAUGGCUCACACACGCGUAGCAUCGAAGUGCUGGAUUUUGCAGCCAACAACAACAUUGAAAUUGUCAGUUUGCCCCCACAUACAAGUCAUUAUCUGCAACCUUUGGAUAAACUUCAUUUUGAACCCUUGAAGGACUAUUAUAAGGAAACUGUGCGAAAUUCACAUGAGGAACAAUCCGGGGGUUGGUUUGACCAGAUUCAAUUUCCCAACUCUUUUUUGUGGAGCGUACAUGAAAAUAUGGCUUAUAUAUUGGCUUUCAAAUCAACAGGCAUUUAUCCAUUGGACAAAGAUCAGAUUCCAGAGCAUGCUUACGCUCCUGCUGAAACCACGGAUGUCUCUGGUAUUGUGAUGGAAUCAUCACCUUCUACAAGUGGUAUAGUACCAGUAAAUGAAGAAGUUCCUGUUAAUGAGAGAUCAUUUGAUGAUAGUCAGCCUUACCCAAAAGUGUCUCGUAAAAACAAGCCACCACAAAAGAAGCCUAUCGAAACAGGGUCCAGGGUUCUUACUAGCAAAAAUUACAGAAAAGAACUUUCAGCACUAAUGAAGCCAGCAACUCAGGAAAUCAUAGUUCAGGUCAGUCAAGUUUGA